CGGAAAGUAUCGAUUUUCAGCAUGUUUACAAAGAGCUCAAAUCAACGAAACAAUGGCCUCCCAAGCAUAAUCGCUGUCUUCCUUCAUGCCUGCAACACUCCCGAUCGAGUCAUUGAGAUGCUGUCCCAACUCGGGCUCUCUAUCAGCCCGUCAUCUAUCAAUAGUGCCGUCAGUUCGCUCGUCCGCAAAGCCGAAACAAAACGCCGACAAGCUGGGCAGCAGCUGCUUACGGCGUAUGCGUACGACAAUUUCGAUGUUGCGUUCAAUGUCGGGACUCCCACGGUUGACAAGGGAGAUCGGUCUCUUGCGCAUUUGACGUCUGCAACCAUGAUCCCUCUU